UCCCCAAAACCCAUUACUUUCUUCCCUUUAAUUUGGUUAAUACCAAAUAAAAAUAGAAAAUUUAUGAAAACGCAGUUCAAAUUUUAGAAUCUUGUAGAAAAUUUUUCAUUUUGAAAAUAGGCUUCAUGUGUGGGUUUGUGAGACAAGGGGUAAACAGAAUAUGCAGAGGGAGAUAAUGAGCAAGAAGAAGAGUAGUCAGGUUCAUUGUCUUCCCUCUGGUGAUCUCAUGACAGCUUCAACUUCAAAACGCAUUCCUGAGAUCAGAUUGUACAAAGCCUGGAAGGGUAACAACAGAUUUUUCUGUGGUGGGAGGCUAAUCUUUGGUCCUGAUGUAUCAUCUCUGUUCCUAACCUCCUUCUUGAUUGGAGCUCCUGCCCUUACAUUCUGCAUAAGGAUGCUCGUCUGGAUCCGAAGAGGCGACCCUUUCUUCAACUACACCGUUCUGACUUCAGGAUUUAUCCUCACCCUCUUGGACUUUUUGUUUCUAUUGUUGACAUCAGCUAGGGAUCCAGGAAUCAUCCCUAGGAACAAAACAUCAAUGAAUCUUGAAGAUGGUUCAGAGAGUUCAUUGACACAAUCUAUGGAAUGGGUCAACAACAAAACUCCUCAUCUCAAGGUUCCUAAAACAAAAGACGUUUUUGUAAACGGCUACACUAUCAAAGUCAAGUUCUGUGAUACUUGCUUGCUCUACCGUCCACCACGCGCAUCACACUGCUCCAUAUGUAACAACUGUGUCCAACGCUUUGAUCACCAUUGUCCAUGGGUCGGACAAUGCAUCGCCCGUCGAAACUACCCAUUCUUCAUCUGCUUCAUCUCAACGUCAACAUUGUUAUGCCUAUAUGUCUUUGUGUUCUCGUGGAUCAAUCUAAUCAGACAGCCUGGGAAACUAUGGAGGACAAUGUCUCAUGAUAUAGUCUCUGUCAUUCUUAUAGUCUAUACAUUUGUUGCUGUCUGGUUCGUUGGUGGACUAACCAUUUUCCACUUCUAUCUAAUGUCAACAAAUCAGACAACAUAUGAGAAUUUUCGGUACCGUUAUGAUAAGAAAGAAAAUCCUUACAAGAGAGGGUUACUGAAGAACGUUAAAGAAGUGUUCUUCGCCAAGAUCCCGCCUUCUCAACUAGAUCUCAGAGCAAUGGUACCAGAAGAAGAUGAUUUGACAAUAGCAUCAGAGUAUCAAUCAGAAUAUAGUUCAUCAGUCAGAUAUGAUUCAGAAAUGGGAGGCAAGCUCACUAAUCGGGAUAGUCCAAAGAAGCUUCCUAUGCGCGCACGAAACUUAGAUAAUAUUGACCUUAGUGAUGACUAUGACAAAUCUCUGGCUACUAGAGAUGAUGUUUCUCUUGACCUUUCUUCUCAUCUCAACUAGACUUGCUGCAAGUAAUUUUAAUGAAGAGAACCUCGUAAUGGUGUUAUCAUCUUUGUCUAUAUUGUCAAGAACAUUCUGAUGAAACUUGUGUAACAAGAAUUACAAACGACUGGAGGUUUAAUGUAUGUGUCAUUGUCAUGUACAAGAAUCAAAACUGUAGACUUAGAACACCAAAAUAUUAAACAUUCGGUUGGAUUGGCAAACAUUGUCUAAAAGAUAUGUUGUUGUCUAACUUUUCUAUCAUAUUCAUUUAAUUAAAUUGGUCUUUCCUGCUACUGUAUUAAAAGAUAUUCAUUGUAUUUAAAAAAUUUAAGCUAUAAACAUUUUUUUAACUAUUGUAAAA